AUGCUCGCUUUAUGCGUUGCUUUCACUCGAGUGCAGCCGCGAAUUCUUUGGGCUGCACUCUCUCACCCAUGCUGUAAGACUCCCUUCAGCAUCUUUACACCCCUCCGAUACGCCGUGAUGCACUUUGCUAUCUGGUACUAUCAAAUACCGACUCUCAUGACGGAUAAAAACGAUAGCCUGAGCGCAUUCGACUGCACGCUUGCUUUGGAUAACAUGUUGGAACGUGGAACUAACAUGCGACGAGGCAGCUGCCACGAACAUCACGUCUUUGGACUCGGUUACAUGCGACAAAUCAGCAUCAGGUAA